CGUACACAUCCUUUGUUUGAGAGCUCUUGCUCCGAUGCAGGUGAGCAGAGGAACGCGUCAUGCGUGUUUACGAUGCGUUUAAAAGUACAGGAUUAGUCUAUUUUUAUUGGCCAACGGCAUCAGCCUAUUCUACAGUUGCAAACUAAAAAAUUGACUUGCGAUGACAAUAUCGUUCAGUAGGUAAACACGUAAGGGUUCUAAAUCAAUAUUAUGAAUACGUCGAGUUGAUAUAACGUGAAUUAUUAGAAAAAUAAAAUCGUUCCUGUUUGUGUUUUGUCUUGGAGAUUCCACAUACUGAAAUAGCAGAGACAUGGAUGACAUUUGUAUAAAGUCACCAAUUCCAGAUAAGUGGGACACCACUAGAAUGGAAAUAAUGAAGUUCAAGUAUAUGUGGACAAUAAGUAAUUUCAGUUACUUCUGGAACAAUACACCAGGAGAGUAUAUAGAUUCGCCAAUUUUCUCAACAGGAAUGAACGACAAGAUAAAAUGGCAUCUACGCUUAUACCCCAAUGGCAGUGAUGAUGGUAAUAUUUAUGAUUAUACACCUGACUGCAGCAAUGUGGCUCUAUAUCUGUACCUGAAAACUCGUCCUGCACCAAGAAUCGAAGCCAAGUGCAAAUUUUCCAUUAUAAAUAACAGAAGAGAAGAGAUUAAUAUUAAAAGUUCAAGAUAUUGUCAUCGUUCUGUUGAUAUGACUGAUCCGGAACGUUUUACUGGUCUUGCAAAAUUCAUUAGGCGUGAUUUUCUUAUUGAUCCUAACAAUGGAUUGUUGCCAAAUGAUACGCUUACAAUACUCUGUGAAAUUAGAGCAUGUAAAGGCAUAAUCAAUAUUCUAGGCCUAAGUAUUCCAAAACAACUUAUGACUCCUAGAUCUCAAUGUGAUGACCUUGGAGCACUUUUAGAAAGUGAAGAGUUUAGUGAUGUGUCCAUUAUUGUUGGUUGUAGAGAGUUCAAAGUUCAUAAAGCUAUAUUAGCAGCCAGAAGUCCAGUUUUUUUAGCCAUGUUUAAACAUAAUAUGAAAGAGAAAACUGAGAGUAUUGUGGAAAUUGAUGACAUUGAUGAGAGAGUUAUGAGAGAAUUAUUAAGAUUUAUCUAUGCUGAAAGGGUAGAUAGAUUGCAAGAGUUUGCUCAUGAUCUUUUGGCUGCCGCUGAAAAAUAUUCACUUGAUGGAUUGAAGAUAAUGUGUGAAGAAACCCUUUGUGGAAAACUAACCAUUCACAAUGCUGCUGAUGUUUUGGCCCUAGCAGAUAUGUAUAAUGCUGACUGUUUGAAAACACAAGUGAUAAACUUCCUGGUUGCCCAUGGAAAAGAUCCAUCUAUUUGGACUAAGUACCUGAAUUCUGCUAAUUCUAAGACAUCCUCACUUUUGACAGGCUGUUCAGAGAUUUUUAGUAAUUACAUAAAAUUAUUAAUUAUAUUGGCUCUCUGUAUGUUCAUUGUCAUUUUGCUGGCUCCAUACUUUUCAUUCCUUGUUGAUCCAAUGUGUGAUGUUACUGCAAAAAUUUGUACUCCACACAAAGAUAUUGUAACCGAUGCAGACACUAUAUCAAUUGCUUUAAAGAAAUUGCAAAAAAGCGCAUCAUCUUUUAUGGAAGAUCUAUAUGCUUUCAUAUCAUAUUUUAUCAGGCUUAUCUUGAAUUGCAUUGUUAAUCCAUUCCCAGCAGAACCUGAAUUUCAUGCUGGAAAUGAAAAUUAAGAAUUUCACUGAGGAAAAUCAUAUUUUCUAUUAAAAAUUUGUCUCUUAGUGACACUUUUAAAAUUACUCUGAUUUUAGAUGUAAAAAUUAAAGAAUGAGUAGAUGAUAAAUAUAAUAUAGAUGACCUAUUGUGAGUCAAAUAACAAAAAUAUUCUUGUAGAUAUAUUACAAAUAUUUUUGUAGACCAAUAUUAUCAAAAAGAUAAGUCUUAAAUCUAUUUUAGGAGACAUAUCUAAACAAAUUUUUAAAUCUAAUCCAUUGUCAAGGUUGUUGAAUUUUCAAAAAGCUUCAAAUCAAAGUCUAUUUUUUGGAGAUAAAGAGCUACAAUAAGUAUAAUAAUGUCAAUUUGAAAGUUAUUGUUUAACGAAGUAUUGAAAAAAACGCCAUACUGCCUAAUAUUAAUAUUUUUUAUAAAUAGCUAUUAUGUAGAAAUAAUUUUAAUAAUUUUGCCUCAAGUAUUAAAUUAAAAAUAAAAGUUACGCGUGGUGUGUGUACUCUGCCACACGACAUUGCAAUACGUAUAUUAUAAAAAAUCAACAAAAACUUUUAUCACGGCCGGGAAAUUUAGUGUCAAUAAACUAAAUAUAAAUAGAAGAAAAAGUUUUUUUUUGUAAUUUGCAGACGAUGAUUAAUAAUUCGGGAAUAAAGAGUUAUUCAAGUGAAAAUUUCUCAAGAUUCAAGGAUUGGCGAGAAUCUUGAGUCUGCUUCUCUUAAUCUGGAAUACGUAGUCUUGUAAGUUACAAACUCCUGCACUUUAAUAUAUUAUAAUUGAAGUACCUCAAACUGUGUUAUAAUUGCAAUGUCGUGAGACGAUGUGGGCAUAAGUAAUGAAAAGUAUUUAUUGAUGAAAUAUCGACGAAUAAGCUAUUUUUCAUUAGAUUUUUGGAAUAUCCACCUUUUUAAUAAUGAUGCAUCUGUUGAGUCUCUAUUGCUAUAAAAAUGCUAUACUUUCGGAUAUUAGUUUCAAAUGUAUAGUAGCAAUUGAUCUCUGUGAACAAUUAAAGUUAAGUAGAAAACAAAUAUAAAAUAAUAUGAAAUCAUUAUAUUGUAGUUGAAAUAUUACUUGUAAGCACUAUUUUAAUCUUAUUUAUAGUUGAUAUGGAGAUUUCUUUUGUUGUAAGAAGUUUUUAAUGAAUAAAGCAAUAUUUUGCA